AUGGGGAAAGUGCAAAAGAAAAACAGUAAAGGGCGUUUGGAUAGAUACUACUACCUUGCAAAGGAGAAAGGAUAUCGUGCUCGUUCCUCGUUCAAAAUUAUCCAAAUAAAUGAAAAAUUUGGCCAUUUUUUAGAAAAGUCAAAAGUUGUCAUUGAUUUAUGUGCUGCACCGGGUUCAUGGUGUCAAGUUGCAUCGCAGCUAUGUCCUGUAAACUCAUUGAUUAUUGGGGUAGAUAUAGUCCCCAUUAAGCCGUUACCUAAUUGUAUCACGUUCCAAAGUGAUAUCACCACAGAAGAUUGCAGGAGUAAAUUGCGUGGUCAUAUGAAAACUUGGAAAGCUGAUACAGUUCUACAUGAUGGUGCCCCAAACGUUGGUUUAGGGUGGGUACAAGAUGCAUUUACGCAGUCACAGUUGACUUUACAAGCUUUGAAGUUGGCAGUUGAGAAUUUGAUAGUGGGGGGUACAUUUGUUACCAAGAUUUUCAGAUCAAGAGACUACAAUAAUUUGAUGUGGGUAUUUCAGCAACUAUUUGAUAAAGUUGAGGCCACGAAGCCACCAAGUUCAAGAAAUGUGUCCGCUGAGAUUUUUGUUGUUUGUAGAGGUUUCAAGGCACCAAAGAAGUUGGAUCCACGACUUUUGGACCCUCGCGAGGUGUUUGAAGAGUUGAACGGCAAGAAGAGUGUCAAUAAUGAGGAGAAAGUGUUUAAUCCUGAGAAAAAGAGAAGACAGAGACAAGGUUAUGAGGAAGGAGAUUAUACAUUGUUUCACACUAUGCCCAUAAUGCAAUUUAUAAAGGAAGAUGAUCCAAUAAAUCAACUAGGACAGCUCAACAAGUUUGAUAUUGAUGAUAAUGACCACGAGUGGAAAAUAAUAAAAAAGCUAAAGUCUUAUAGUGAAGAGUUGAGAGAAUGUUUCAAGGAUUUGAAAAUUCUUGGAAAGAAGGAGUUUAAACAUAUAUUGAGGUUCCGUAAACAGGCUAGAGAUUUGUUGGGGAUUGAUAAGGAGGAAGAGAAGGCAGAGAUUGAGGUUGAGGAAUUAACUGAGGAACAAAAGAUUGAUCAAGAAUUGAAUCAAAUGUUGGAGAAGCAAAAGCAAAAAGCAAAAAGAGCUAAAAAGACCGCAAAUGAGCUAAAACAGAAGGAGAUUGUUAGAAAUCAGAUGCAAAUGGUUACCGAUAUGAACAUUGGUAUAGAUGCGGCCCAAAUUGGUGCUGAUUCUUUGUUUAAUCUAAAAACAGCUGAGAAAUCUGGUCCGUUGAGCAAGCUAGCUGCAGGUAAAAAGGCGAUGGUAUUUUCAGAGGAAGACUGUGCUAGAGACACUGAGAUCCAUUACGAUGAACAAGAAGCAAACAGCGAAGACGAAAUUGAUGAGUUGGAAGCGCAAUUAGAUGACAUGUAUGAACAAUAUCAAAACCGCAGAGCUGAAAGAGAUGCCAAGUAUAAAGCAAAAUUGGCAAGAGGAGGUGAUGAUGAAGCGUGGGAUGGUAUAGAGUCAGGCGAGGAGGAGGAGGAAGGGGAGGAGAAAGAUGAGGAAGAUUAUGAAAUGGAAAGUCUGGAUUUUGAUGAGGAUGAUGAUGAACAUAUCAAGUUGAUUGCCGAAGGAAAACAAAAUGGGGAGCUCACCAAGACUGCAAGAAGCUUUUUCCAAUCCGAUUCGAUAUUCAAUGAGCUUGACGACGAGGAUUUGAUUGAGGAGUCGAGACCAAAAGCAGAAAAGAUGGCGACUGCGACAAUUGCAUCAACGAAUGGAAAAGUAGACACGCCAGCAGUCGACUUUGACUCAGACUCUGAUUCGGAUUUUGAGAUUGUUCCUAAUGCGGCAGAUGAAGAAGAACGAGAAGAAGAUGAUACAGAUGACGAGCAAUUGUCAAACAAGGAAAGGGUCGAUUUGACGACUGCAGAAGCUAUGACUUUAGCUCACAAAGUUGCCCUUGGCAAAAUGACAAAGAAAGAUCUUAUUGAGGAGGGAAUCAAUAGAUAUUCCUUCCGUGAUAAGGAAAAUCUCCCCGAGUGGUUCCUUGACGACGAAAAUAAACACUCUAAGUUGAUCAAACCAAUCUCAAAAGAAGCUAGUUUGGCCAUCAAGGAAAAACUCAAGCAAUUGAAUGCCAGACCUAUCAAAAAAGUGUUGGAGGCCAAGGGUAGAAAAAAGAUGAGAGCAUUGCGUCGUUUGGAAAAAUUGAAAAAGAAAUCGGACUUGAUCAACGAAGAUAGCUCCAAAUCUGAAUACGACAAGGCAGCAGAAAUCUCCAAGUUGAUGCAAAAGGCUAAGAACAGUGGAAAGGAUAAACGAAAGAAGAUGACAGUUGUUGUUGCCAGAGGAUCUAAUAGAGGUCUCAGUGGAAGACCAAAGGGUGUCAAAGGUAAGUAUAAGAUGGUUGAUGGUGUUAUGAAGAAUGAGCAAAGGGCUUUGAAGAGGAUAGCAAAGAAGCAUAAGAAGUAG